CGAAGCCAGAGCUCUGCACCGGCGGGAGGAGACGGAGCUCAGCGGAGAACCGGCGCGGCGACCCUGGCCCGGCUCCCCCCGCCACCGCUGGGGGCGCUGACGCACAGGCGCGUGGCGCCGCCGGGCACUGUCGGAGGUAAAGCCUGAGCUGGCGUCCUCUGCAGCCGCACUGGGACGGGCGGCCGGGGAAGGAGAUCUGCUCCCCGCUCCGUAUCGGGGGCGCGGAGGGGAGAAGCAGAGUGCCGUGCUGGUGACGUGCGGCUCCGGAGCUCCGCCCGCGGGCCGGCGUUGAGUAUAGACGGGGCUGUCUGCUGCCUGCUCUCUUCCUGGCGGCCGGUGGGUGUUUGCACGUCGCUCCCCAGAACACACCUCCCUGCAGCGCACCCGAAAGCUCAGGGCCCCUGGAGCGGUUCCGCCCCGCGGCUUGCCGGGCCCCCCAGCUGGCCCUCCCUUGGGAAAAGCUGGUGCCGCGGCCGCCUGUGCUCUGGAGAAGCGGAAAUCCAGCGCGGGCUUUGCGGGGAACUGAAGGAGUGGCGGCGACCUGCCGGCGAGGAGAUGUCCCUGAAUCCGCGCCUCAGCCGCAGCCUGCAUGCCCGCCCUGGGUGGAGCGGUCUUCUUUGUCGAGCCGGGACCUGCUCUCCUUUCUCGUUCAAGCAGAAGAGGAGCUAGCGAGGAAAUAAAACCAAGCUCGAGUUAAUGUGUGCGAAGUUCGGGUGCAGGAGAGUCUGGAUUUUGGGCUUCUUGGAGAAUCCAUAGAAAAUGCAAAACGAAAUAAUAAAGCCUGCUAAAUACUUCUCAGAAGUGGAGAAGAGUGUGCUGCUUGCAUUAGUUGAAAAGUACAAAUACGUGCUCGAGUGUAAAAAGAGCGACGCGAGAACGAUUGCUCUGAAACAACGUACUUGGCAAGCACUAGCUCACGAGUAUAAUUCACAGCCCAGCGUAUCACUGAGAGACUUCAAACAGUUAAAGAAAUGCUGGGAAAAUAUCAAGGCACGGACAAAAAAGAUAAUGGCACAUGAAAGGCGGGAGAAGGUAAAAAGAAGUAUUAGUCCACUUAUAAAUACUCACAUCAUAGGGAAAGAGAAGAUUGCCAGCAUAAUGCCUGAGCAAAUGUACUUUUUGCAGAGCCCACCAGAAGAUUCUGAAUAUCAGCCUGAUGCUUCUAGUCAAGAGCCAUUUGUUGUGUCAAAUAGAGAACUUUGUGAUGAAGAGAAAGAGCUGGUACAUUUCCCAGUAUGUGAAGGUACAUCCCAACCUGAACCUUCAUGUUCCGAUGUGAGAAUAGCAGCAGAUAAGAACUACAGGAGUAAAGCAUCUCAGGAAAGUGCUCUGAAAAAGAUGCAUGAGGAAGAACAUCAUCAGCAAAUGUCAAUUUUGCAACUGCAGUUAAUCCAAAUGAAUGAAGUUCAUGUGGCAAAAAUACAGCAAAUAGAAAGAGAGUGUGAGAUGGCUGAAGAAGAACACAGGAUAAAAAUGGAAGUGCUAAAUAAAAAGAAAAUGUAUUGGGAGAGAAAACUGCAGACCAUCACAAAAGAAUGGCCUGUAUCAUCCUUUAACAGACCCUUUCCUAAUUCACCUUAGAACAUAAAAGGGCAGAGAGUCAAGUCUGAGUGAGCACAUUUAUGAGUAACAUGCACUGGAAAGAGGGUUUUUUAAUGUGAAUGUACAGUGACAUUAGAGGUGCCUGGCUGAUAGUGAACACACCUUGGUUUUUAAUGUUUAGGGAAACAGUGGUAGAGUCCACCAAGGGGAAAACAGUAUUUGUAUGUAGUUCUGAUGUGUUUAACCCUCAAACAUGUACAGGGUUCUAAAAUAUGAACAUAUCUUCCCCUCUCAGGAUACCCUAACAUACUUUUGAAAUUUAAGGUAGUCCGUCCAGGUGUUCUUAAGAAAAGAGCUUUAAACAUCAAUUUACAGUGUUUAUUUUGAUUUCUAUCUCUUCGUAUUACCAUUUCCCAAAUGAAGGCAAGGGUUGGAGUUCCUCUCCCCUGUUGAGACAAAAGCAAAUUGACAGAUACUGGCUGGAUUGUUAUACUGAGGCUUGAAUAAAACUUGCCUCUACUUAAUAUAGUUCAUAAUUAGUUCUUCGUAGACAAUGUGAAAAUGAAGGAAGUAGCAAAAGGACCACUGUAGUACCUGAGCCCUUUGCAUAUGAAGAACAGUAAUAGUUUGCAGCAGUCUGGCUGACUGACAGAUUGGUUGUGGACUGGCCCUCCAGUUCUUUGAGCCUUGACCCUUAAGAAGGUGGAAGGAAGGUGACUUCUUCCUCUUAAAGCCAUUGUGCUUGUCCUUUCUUUUCCAGGCCCAUCUUUUAUUUAAGCACAAUACCAAAAUAAAGAGGAUCACCUGCUGCUGCCAGUGCCAUGUGCUGUUCACCUGGAGUCAUUCUGAGGGAAGAGCUUUUCAAUAAUUCACAAAGCUCUUAAAAUAUAGUGAGCUAGCCAGUCCAUCAACAAAGUCUCCUUUUUCCUUAUGCAAUACUUGAUGGUGUAGCAGCUAGCUUGUGCAUUUCAGCCUCUCCCUAGCUAGAAGAAAAGAUUAAGACUUGCCCUCUUUUCCUUCAUAUAGGGUGGGAAACAGUUCCAAGGAAUUGUUCCUGUCUUGAAGCAUUGUUCUUUUAGAUCUGUCCUGUAUUAUGGUGAUGUGAUUCUUGCCUUUGCUGUCAGUGAGGGGUGAUUGACAUGAUUUGUAUGGAAGCAUUCACGUGAAGCUCCCUACUGAGUUUGGGGGUCUCAAACAGUAGAUUUUAGGAAAGCACAAAUAAAGAUAAUCUUUCCCCAAGCAAUUGCUUAGUCUAAGGGUAAAGAAAACAUGAAAUACAGAACUCUGCAAGAUUUAUGAGAACUUCUGAUGUGUGAAAAGCUGUUUUGUGGGAAGAUGUACAACUGUUGUUUGAAGCAGUGAGAACAAUUAACAAAACCACGAAUUUUCAUUGAAAAAAAAUUAGUAUCCCAUUGUUAAAUAAAGUAUUUUCAGGCCACAAUUUGUGAGGGCAAGUCCAUACAAUGAACAACGUGUUUGCAAUAGAGUACGUGACAAAAUGUAUAUUCUCCCUUAAAUCUCUUUCCUGGGUGUUUUUCCUGGUGGAGUGAGUUUCUUUUGGUUUUGUUUGGUUUGUUUUUUGGUUGGUUGGUUGAUUGGUUUUGGAUUUUUUUUUUUUUUUAUAUGUGUUUGUUUUUCUUCAACUACUUUUGCUGCUAGUGGUUCAUCUUUGCAAGUACUGCCAUUAUCAACCACAGAGCUCACUGUGGUUAACGCUGUGGUACAUGUGUUGCUCCUUUCAAUGUGCUAACACUUGGAAGUGCAAUGGGAGUGAUUUAUUACAACAUAUUUCAUAUGACAGAACAAAAAAUUCGCAGAGCUGCUACAAGGUCAAAAAAAUAGGCCAUGUAUGAAAUCUGAAGACAGAUAAUUUUGACAGCAAAUUCAGUUUCAUAGAAAUUGGCUGUAUGAAGGAAACACAGGACUUUGAAAGAAGGAUAUUAUUAUGGAUUUUUUUUUUUCUGCUGAAUGGAAUCACUGUUGGAAGGUAUAAUAACAGUAGAAGCAAAAUAAAGAAGUAAGCAGGAAUGAAGACCUUUUUGUUCUAAGGUUGCAGUCUGUGGUCUGGAAGAUGAGUCAGUUAUUUGAGUGGUUAUGACAAUUGUUCAGGCACCAUCCUGAAAAAAAAAUAGGAAAGACAUUUGUCUUAACCAAUGAUAAGAUUCCUUCCACACUGCUUCUCAGUGAAAGUAAUUUGAGACUGUGAAAUUGAAACCAUUAAGGUGUCUAAAGGUGAUGAAUGGCGACAAUUUCAGCACUGUGAAGAGACCAAGAGAGAGACAAUCCAGAUCAAGAUAGCCCUGUGAGAAGGUAUGAAAUAGUCUAGGGAGAAGCUCAUGAAAUGUGAGAUGUUAGUUUUGACUCCUAAAAGUUAUACCGUUGCUUGUGAAAGUUUGUUUUAUUUUUAUAUUGGAAAAAAAAUAUUUUAAAUGUGCGUGUUUUCAGACUGUGCUAAGUGGGCAAUGCCUUGCCUUUUGGUGUAUGUUCUUAUUUUGAGACCAAAAGUUAAAGUUCUUAGGUUGAACAUCAGGCUCUUAAUACAGCUUCUAUUUGAAUAAAAAAAAUCACAGGAGAAAAA